AUGUCAUUAAAUUUAGAAACCUUUUUAUUAAAAGAUAUAAAAAAUUUAUUUAACGAUCCAAAUUACUCUAAUGUAGUAAUUCAUGUUGGUCGACAUCCUGAUACUAAUAGUUUCAACGCACAUUCUUUGAUAUUACGAGCAAGGUCAUCAUAUUUUCGUUCGGCUUUAAAAACAAAUAAUGGCCAAGUAUCUACAUUAAAAUUGCCAGAUAUUUCUCCUCGCGUGUUUGAAUGCAUUUUAAAGAUUCCACCAACAAAGUUUCGACAACUCCCACCUCGCAUUGUAGCAGAUUCGAGUAAUGAGUUGUUCAAGGUUGAAAAAAAGAGUAUCGGUGAUGGGGAUUCAAGGAAGAGAACUAGAAUAGAGGAUGAAGAAGAUGAGUUAGAUUUUGAUUAA